AGUACAAAUUUUACCAUUUUAAUUCGAUCUUAAAUCCUUUCGAAAAAUAAUUUGAAAAUGAAGUCUUUUUUUAUAAAUUGUGAUAUGAACCUUAAUGUACAUAUACAUAUGUAUAUAAUUUUAGCAACUGAAAAUGAAUAUAUGUAAUGAAGAAUUGGUCUCUGCAGAUCUUUAGUAUGUUUAAGGCCUUAGUGUAGCAGCUGUUUAUGAACGUUCGCUUCGAAUUUUCAAUUGACCGGCUGUGGAGAGAAUUGAAAAAUCAUAAAUGUGAUUUUUGAAAAGAAUAUCUUGUUUUUGCUUAAUUAUUUACUUAAUCACUUUUAGAAAAAUUCGUACUAUUUAGUGCAGUGUUUUUAAAAUUUGCAUUUAUUUUGUUAUAACAAUAUUUGUGAAUUAAAAACAUCAUUUCAUAUUAAAAAUGGCUGGGCGCCCAAGACGUAAAGCAGCUGUUAGAGCCACACAAAUAAUAGAAAUAUCUGAUUCCGAGGAUGAUGUACAUAUCACAACAAGAAGAGGACGUGACAGCUCAUUUUCUCCACCACCUACUAAGUCUGCACGUAUAGAUGCCGCAGCACGUUCAUUAGCUGGAAGAGAAGUCGCUACCACAAGUACAACUUCAAGGAAACGUUGGCCAACCGAAAAGACGAAUGGUAAAGUUUCACAAGCAUCGGAGAAGCGUGCCAAAAAGGACAGCAAGACAACCUCAAAAUCAAAGGAUAAUAACAAAAACAGUGCAACAAAUGAAACUGAAAAUGUAGAAUUAUUGCAACAAGGAAACGAAGACCAACAAAAGGAUUUGGAAGUUGCACAUCAGCAAGAUCCUGUAGAAACGGUAACGGAUGGCCAAUGUCUCUCGAGUGCCGCUAACAAUAAACUGGCACGCGAUUCUACCACUAAUACGGGUCGCAGUUCAUUUUGGGCUCGUCGAAAAGUUUGGCGCGUCGAUGAACUGCUCGCCGAAAAAGAGAAUGUUGAGCCCUGCACUGCUAAGAAUAUCGUACAGUUGUUAGAAAAUGAGAACACCAUACCAUUCAUUUGUCGAUAUCGGCGUGAUUUAAUUAACCACAUAACGCCUGAAAGACUACGUGAUAUAAAAAAUUCAUACACCGAAAUUGUAGAGUUGCGCAAACGUGCUGAAACGAUUGUCACACAGUUGGAGAAAGAGCAACAAAUAGGCGAUGAAGUACGUACAGAGAUUUUAUGCGCGAAAAGUAACGAAGAAUUGGAAUUUUUGUAUGCACCUUAUAAACCUGCCAGCAAAGGCUCGUUAGCAGAACGUGCUAAAGCUCUUGGGUUGGGUGAUGCUGCGGAUCGCUUGUUGUUCGGUGAAGCUCCGGAAGUGCGUUUGGAAUCGCUUGUAGAUCGCAAUAAUGCAGACCUAGAAAAUGUGGAGAAAGUAUUACAAGGUAUUUGUCACAUAAUUUCGCACAAUAUCAGCAAACAUACAGGUGUUUUGGAAGAGUUGCGACGUCUACAAAAAGUGCACCGCAUAGUACUUAAGUGUACCAAAUCCAAAACGCCUGGCACAUCAGCCGCUACCAAAUCGUCAACAUCACUGAAGAAUCAAUUGAAUAGUAAUAACAACGCGGUACAUUCCAAGAAUAAAACGGAUGCGUCAAAGUAUGAGACAUAUUAUGAAUUCCAACAAGAUGUGCGUUAUUUAAAACCACAUCAGGUGCUCGCCAUCAAUCGUGCAGAGAAGCAAAAGUUUCUAACUGUAAAGAUAGUCACUGCUGAUUAUGUAAAAAAUGAUAUCAAACGGUUCACGCGCGAGCUGUUUAUGAAUGAAGGUCUGCGUUACCCACUGCGCAAUCAGGUGUUCGAACAGGCAUUCGAGGAAUGCUACAGUAAAAAAUUACAACCACUUCUGUCACGUCAGCUGCGCAGUGACCUGAAUGAAUCCGCCAAAAAAGCUGCUAUCGAUGUUUUUGCACAAAAUUUGAAACAAUUAUUGCUACAAUCGCCACUUAAAGGCGAACGCAUUCUCGGUAUUGAUCCAGGUUUUACCAAUGGUUGCAAAUUGGCGUUAAUCUCCGAGACAGCAAAUGUUUUGGAAACUGGUGUGAUAUAUCCGCAUGCUCGCAGCAGUAAUGCUGAAGAGGUAGGCGAACAAUUAGCCAAAUUACUAACUAGACACAACUGCAAAAUAAUCGCUUUGGGCAACGGCACAGCCUGUCGUGAAACGGAGUUUUGGCUUUCCAACCUAUUCGAUUUGGGCAUUUUAGAUAAAAAUAAUGUACGUUAUAGUAUUGUUUCCGAGCAAGGCGCUUCCAUAUACUCGUGUAGUGACGUAGCCCGUCAAGAAUUUCCAGACAUGGAUAUGAAUGAGAUUAGUGCAGUUUCCAUCGCACGCCGUUUAAAUGAUCCGCUGAGUGAAUAUGUGAAAAUUGAGCCACGACACAUUGGUGUUGGCAUGUACCAGCAUGAUGUGUCGGAAAAAACGUUGAACGAGGCGCUGAAUGAGGUGGUUUCUGAGUGUGUAAGUUUUGUGGGCGUGGACAUCAACACAGCCAGUUUGAGUGUGUUAAAGCAUGUAGCAGGCUUGAGUGAGAAGAAAGCGCAAAAAAUCAUAGAACAUCGUUCAAGUAACGGUCCAUUUCAAACGCGCAAAGAUCUGUUGAAAGUAAAGUCCAUUGGUGAAAAGACGUUUGUACAAUGUGCUGGCUUUAUACGCAUCGAACCUUUGAGUGUGGGUGGAAAAAUUGAAAAUCUGCUGGACUGCACUUGGGUGCAUCCAGAGAGUUAUGCUGUUGCCAAAAAAAUUAUAAGCAAAUGCAAUUUGUUACUCAAAGACAUCGGGAGUACACCUUUUAUCUGCAAAAUUAAAGCUUACGCCUUGCAAUGCGAUAUGGAAGAGCUGGCAGAUAAUUUUCAAAUACCAAAAGAGCGUGUCGAUGUCGUGUUAAUGGCUUUACAACGCGAGCUUACGCAAGAUUAUCGUGCAGAAUUCGCCAAACGUCCGCUUUUCAAGCAAGGUUUAACACGUAUAACUGAGCUCAGUGAGGGUGAUGUUCUAACGGGUGCCGUCUCAAACAUCACACACUUUGGCGCUUUUGUUGAUAUUGGCGUUGAGUGCAAUGCGCUUAUACACAUAAGUAAAAUGAAGAAUAGAGAGCUAAGUGUAGGCGAUCGUGUAACUGUAUCAAUCAUUCAAAUUGACAUACCGCGCAAACGUAUUGGUGUACGUCUGGAGGAUACGAUAAAGGAGACCGACACUUCUUUUACUUUGACCUAAUUUAGAUUCAAGCUUAGAAGUACUUGGUUACUAGAAUAUAAAUAUUUUUGUUUAACAUACGUAUUUUUCUUUACGUAUACAAAUGUAUAUGUUUCGGCCAUGUUUAUACAUACAUUAAGCAUAAAAUAUUCACUCAUAACAUAAAAAUGGAAAUUAUAGCAAAUAAUAUAUUAUUUCAAAGACAUAUUUGUUAACCAUUACAGUCAUAAUUCAUUAAAAUAAGCUGAUAUUUUUAGUAUGUCACUGAUUUUAGACUAAAUUUAAGCAUAUUUUAUUUAUAUACAAUAAUAACUACUAAGUACAAGUGUUUUGGAAGUUAAAGACAUAUCGCUCAUUUGCUGCAAGACCGGCAUAAGUAAAAAAAAUCGAUUCUCCAGAAAACGCGUUUAAAGUUUUCAACUGACUACAACCUUACACGGUGACUCCAACCUUACACCUCUUCUCAAGCGGAGCAUAUAAGAGGUAUUCAUAUGAAUUUUUCACUCAACAUGAAGUAUGAUAUAACGAACAAUUCUGCAGCAUUAACUCAAAAAUCACGUUUUUUGAUUUAUACCGGUUUUGCAGCAAAUGAGCGAUAUGCUAGUAAUCAAGUGAAUAUUUAAGACUUUACAAACCCUAACGGUUCGUUAAAAUUUUCAUACACUCAUUUUAAUGCUUGGAGAAAGUUUCUCAGCAAAUCGCGUCAGUGAUUGGAGAGGGGAGACAUAUACUAACACCCGAGAGUUACAAGAAUGCCAGUUUGUAUUCUCGAUAUCGUAUUGAAAUUUUGCACACGUUCUUUUCUUCACAAGAAGCUAAUCAUUUGUCAGAAACACCGAUUGUUUGAAACUUAACAAAGAUUUUGUCAACCUUACCGCUGGGGGGAAUUCAAAACAGUCUUUCGUCGAGUGAGAAAUAUUUCAUUCUAAUUUUAUUUUUAAAUUUGUAAACCUUAUAUACUAAUUUUGAGUUCUUAGUUAUUAAACAUAUGUACUAUAUGUACGGCACACCUCAUGAGGUUGUUUUCAACUAUACAAUAUAAUACAUGUGUGUGUGUGUUGUCAUAUAAUUUAUGUUGCCUGGUUUGGGCUGUUUUCAAGUGCACAAGUGCAUUUGUAAUCAACUGCACAAACCUAAGUAAAUAUGUUUAUGUUAUAUUUCUUGAGUGCAUGCGUAUUGUAUAUAAAUGCUUACGUGCCUCAUAUACAUAUGUAUUUAUGUACGUAUGUUGCAUGUAAAUGCAUAUAUUUUUGUGUGUUUAUUUAUGUAUAACAAAUAGUUGUCAUACAAACUGAAAUAGGAAAAGUAAGGGAAUUAUAGCGCGGUCCUUUUUUGUUAUUAGGUUAUAAAGGCAUUGCGUAAUUCUUAUACGUAAAAGUCAUCAUCUUCAUCAAUCAAGUCAUCAGUCAUCAAUCUUAUAAUCUAAAUUCUAAAAAUACCAGAGUUCCUUAAAAAUCUUCGACUAACCUUGCCAAUAAUAAACUACCUGUUGUUGUUGUAGCUCUUGUAGCAACAGAAAAUAUGUCCCUAAUAAUUUCGAAUAUAGUUGUGGGAAGGAAGUCCGUGUCUAUUCCUAUUAAGUAUACUCGGCACCGAAGUCACUAUCUUUUUUCAAAUACGAACUAGGUUGAACGAAAUCACAAGCAUUGGAAUAAAAUUAUAUAAUAUUUACACGACAACAACGUAUUGUCAAUAAUAAUAAAUAAUUCAUUGAACAAGUUUAAUCCUCUUUAUAGAUGGCAAUUUCCCGCAUGUUCUUCGAGGACAUGCGAAAUCUUUUCUGUUAACCGUUGCAUAUUAGUUUUUAAUCUUCAAAUUAUAAAUUAAACAAAUUAUAUUUUACGUUGAUACAAAGCAAAUCGUAAUAAUAACAAUGAUGAACACUGUAAGGAAUUAAUAAUUAAAAAACACUGUAAUAAAAUAUUAUCGAAUGUGGGCAAACAUAGUAGUUUGUUCAAAAUCAAUUAGUGAAAACAAUUCUUGGAAAAUAUAGGAAACUCGGGCGAAAGCAGGUUUCAAAUUAGAUUUUCGUUCCAAAAAACUUAUUGCAACUAAUAAAUUUCAAGUUUUACAACAAUUAAUUAAUGACAUUGUUAAUUAAUAAAACGUAUAACAAAAAACGACAAUAAUAACAACAUUUACAACAUAUUAAAAUAGAGCAAGAAUCUGUUAUAUGUAUUGUGCGGAAGCUUGCAGUACCGUUACUAAC